AUGUCAGACGCGGGUUCCACUUCUCGGAGCCUCCACGAGGAAGAGAACGAUACGACUCGUGAAGGACUAGGGGAUUAUGACGUUGCUCGGGCUGGCGAUUCAGACAAAGACUCAGAUGCUCUAUCCGACAUCGACGAAGAUCAAUUCGACGACUAUGACCCUACCACAGCCCGCGUCGACGAGAAGCGCCCCGAACCUCAGGUUAUCGAUGAGGACGUGGCACGUACACUGAAAGCUGGAAAGAGAAAGGGAACGGCUACGAAGAAACCGAAGGAAGGUCGACGCGCGAAGAAGCGAUCGCGCGACGAUGAUAACGACGGAGCAGACGGCGAGAUUCUACACACUAAGCGUGUUCGCAAGGUUCCUGGAGCAGAUGCCCCAGAGCAGGAAUCGGAACCUGAGAACGAAGAGAACCUACCACCUGAGGAGCGACGGCGUCGAGCCAUUGAACGCGCAGCUAGGAAUCAGGCGAAGCCGAAAGGUUCUAGACGUAAGAAGAAGGAUGAAGUGGAUCUGGAAGAUGAGUUGGACGAGCGAAUUGCAGACCUUAAAGUCCGCAUGGAGAAUGCUUGUCAAGCAGAUAACCAGGCACGCGAAGCCGGGCAGCCUGCCCUGCACAAGCUAAAGCUCCUCCCCGAGGUGAUGGCGCUGCUUAAUCGUAACACCAAUCAGGCAGCGGUUAUCGACCCGGACACCAACUUCCUACAACACGUAAAAUUCUUCCUCGAGCCCCUUAACGACGGCUCUCUACCCGCCUACAACAUUCAGCGCGACAUUUUCCAAGCUUUGACGCGCCUCCCUAUUGAGAAGGAAACCCUGCGAUCAAGCGGGAUCGGCAAGGUUGUCUUGUUCUAUACAAAGAGCAAGAAACCCGAGGUUAGUAUUAAGCGCAUGGCUGAGCGUCUGUUGGGCGAGUGGAGUAGACCUAUCCUCAAGCGCACCGACGACUACAAGAAACGCCAUAUCGAGACGCGAGACUUCGAUUACCAGGCCGCGAAGCUCAAACAAGUUGCCACGAGCAGUCAGUUGACGCUCAACCAACGCCACACCACACAAAGCCUCGCCGAAGAGGAGCGUGCACGCAUGCUAGCUCCCGCAAGAGACGUGAGCCAGGCCCGUGUCAUGGGCCUGCCCUCGACGUACACGAUCGCCCCGCGCAGCACAUUCGAUCCAUCGCGCGCUCCGGACUACCGACCAAUAGGCGCCAGCGGAAUCGAAGCAUUCCGCAAGAUGACGCAGAAGGGGAAGAAGAAGGGCUGA